AUGGCACAAUUAUCAUCUCAAGGUAACAAUGCCAUUAUUUACCUCACAUACAUUUUCAUGUUGGCAACGGGGUUGUUCCUUGCUUGGAAAUAUGCCUCGAAAACAGAUUUCCUUGCUUCGAAUGGGACACAACGAGGACUUCCGUUGGCAUUAAACUUUAUUGCUUCAGCUAUGGGAGUUGGUAUCAUUGCUACAUAUGCUGAAAUUGCAAACAUUUCAGGAUUACAUGGAUUACUCGUGUACACACUUUGUGGAGCAUUGCCCAUCAUUGGAUUCGCCAUAUUUGGUCCCAUCAUCAGAAAGAAAUGUCCUGAUGGUUUCAUCUUGACCGAAUGGGUUAGACAUAGGUUUGGUGUCGUCACAGCAUUAUAUUUAUCGUUCUUCACCUGUUUGACAAUGUUUUUAUUCAUGAUUGGUGAGUUGUCGGCGAUAAGAAGUGCUAUUGAAGCGUUGACCGGGUUGAAUGGGUUGGGGGCUGUCAUUGUUGAAUGUGCAGUCACUACCAUCUACACAUUUUUCGGUGGAUUUAGAGUCAGUUUCAUCACUGAUAACUUCCAAGGUGUUUGUGUGUUGAUCUUGGUCAUUAUAUGCGCAUGUGGAAUGGGAUCCUAUAUCGAGAUUGAUACGUCAAAAGUUGGUCCUUCGGGGUUGUUAAAGGCAAACAAGUUGGGCUGGCAAUUGGUUUAUAUUUUGUUUGUGGCUAUCGUGACGAAUGAUUGUUUUAUGGCGGGAUUUUGGUUGAGGACGUUUGCCAGCAAGACAAACAAGGACUUGUGGAUUGGAUGUUCUAUUGCUUCUAUUGUCACUUUUGUCAUAACUUCAUUGGUGGGAACCACAGGGUUCCUUGCUGUUUGGUCGGGCGAUUUGCAAGUGGGUGACGACAAUGGAUACAAUGCGUUUUUCAUCUUGUUAUCCCACAUGCCGCGUUGGUUAGUUGCGUUUGUCUUGAUCUUUUGCAUCGUGUUGUCCACUUGUACUUUUGAUUCAUUGCAAUCGGCAUUUGUUUCAACCAUUUCCAACGAUGUGUUUAGAAACAAGAUCCAUACUAACUGGUCACGUCUUAUGGUUGUUAUUAUGAUUUUCCCAAUUGUCGUUUUGGCAGUUAAAGUCGCUGAUAACAUUUUGCAAAUCUACUUGAUUGCGGAUUUGGUCAGUGCCGCUGUGAUUCCUGCAGUAUUCCUUGGGUUGAGUAACACUUACUUCUGGUGGAUGAGGGGAUUUGACGUGAUGUGUGGAGGAUUGGGUGCUUUACUUGGGGUGUUUGUGUUUGGAACAGUUUACUACAAUAGUGCCAAGGAAGGUGGGAAAUUGUUAUUGAUAUGGAAUGGAAUUUACGACCCUGAGGAUUGGGGUGCUUUUGGUGCUUUUGUGAUUGCUCCAGUUGGUGGGAUCAUUUUUGCUUGGAUCGCAGCUGCCGUAAGAAUUGGUGCAACGUAUGCUUACUCAAAGAUACGGGGUACGCCAUUUACUACAUUGGACAGACCAGAAGGAGAGCCAAUUUACGUUGACAACCAAGCUACAUACGGUGCUGACGAGAAUGUUGAACAAACGAGUGUAGAUAAGAAAAGUGUAUAG